GUGUGCUUUUAGCAUAAGUUUUUCUAAUAAUUGCUCUAUAUAUGCAUUUUGUUUCAUAGCUGAUGAUAAAACUAAUAACAAUGUAUCCCUGGCAUUCAAUUCUUGGUAUACAUUCGGGAUUUGUGCGAGUACAAUUUUACAGCUCUCUAGUUCCCAAUUUUUAGCACGCUGACAAGCAAAAUUUAAACAAAAUAAUUUAUUUCCGCCAACGUAAAUCAGGACCAUUUGGAAAGAUGAAAACAUUCACUGAUUUGUUUUUUCUACAUCAUGUUUCAUUAUUUUUUCGGGUACUGGAGUUGUUUACAGGUGCUCCCGAAAUAACAUGAGUUUCGUUUUUGCAUGCAAACUUGAAUGCAUCGAAAUGCACCAUGCGCAGCUCGCUCUGCUGUUGAUGUAACGUUUUGGCGUUUGAGUUGUUAUAUAACGGUUUGCGAACGAACGAAAGUUGUUAUUACAGUUUGUCGUAUUAUUGUAGCGCAGUACAAUUAAGUUGAGUUUCAAAGUAAAGUGCAAUCAAAAUACGGAAUAACAAAUCUCGUUCGGUGCCAUGUCGGACGGCGGAACCAGCAUUUUCGACCUACAGUAUCGAAAGCAGCUCAAGGCAAUGCUAGCGAUUCACCUAAUAUCAAUCGGGUACGGCGUCACGGUCGGAUGGACGGCACCAAUUAUUCCGCUGCUGCGAUCAUCCGCAACGCCGUUACCGGCGGGACCAAUCUCGGUGGAGCAGGCAUCCUGGGUCGGAUCCUGUCUGUGCAUCGGUGGAAUGACGGGAACAAUCCUGUUCGCCCUGAUUCACACGUAUUUCGGCAAGAAAGUGGGUCUGCUGCUGCUCGCGGUGCCACACCUUAUCCUGUGGACUUUGCUGUGGGUAGGCGACAACGUUUACUACAUCUAUGUUGCGCGGGUCAUGUCCGGACUCACCGGGGGCGGAAUAUGCAGCAUCUUGCCGCUGUUUGUAGCCGACAUUGCGGACAAGAAGAUCCGGGGAACGCUCGGUUCGUUAACGAUUCUGCACAUAAACUUCGGUAUACUAGCAUCGUACACACUCGGGAAUUACCUGUCCUACUACACCAUACCAAAAGUUAUGCUAUCCUUUCCGGUGGCCUUCCUCGUGCUAGUUUCCUUACUCCCUGAGACCCCCUAUUGUCUUCUGCGGAAGGGUAAAAUUGCCGAAGCAGAACAGUCGCUGAUGUUCUACCGGAACGUCCCGGAUGCCGAUCACAAAACGCUAGCCUUUGAGUACGAGUUCGAGAGCUUGAAAGCGUUUACGGCAGCCGAAAGCAGCAAGGAAGGGCUGACGUUAGCUGAUUUCAAAACACCGGCUGCUAUCCGGGGACUAUCCAUCGGCAUUUUCGUUAUGGCCCUGAAUCAGUUUAGUGGAAUAUUUGCCAUACUGACCUAUGCAGGAACCAUCCUGCUGUACUCCGGCACGUCCGUUGAGCCCAAGUACGUACUAAUUAUGCUGGCUUUAAUCAACAUCGGCGGGAAUCUAACAUCGUUCGCAAUCAUCGACAUAGCUGGCCGCAAGAUCUUUCUGUUGAUUUCAACUGUUGGCGUUGGGGUGAGCCUGGGCAUCCUUGGUCUACAUUCGUUCUUCUCCGAUCCGAACGAUGUUAUCAUGGCAGAAUACUCCUGGGUGCCAGCUCUUUGCCUGUGCCUAACUAUUUAUACAGCCGCACUCGGCAUCACCAAUGUGCCGUUUUUUCUGCUGCCCGAAAUUUUACCUCCCAAGAAACAAAUGAAACCUAAUUACCAAUAAAUCCGAGGUGGCCAGGCGUCGUUACUGAAUGGUGAGAAGGACUGUGGCGUCGAAAGGAGCAGGAUUACUGGUAAUUUUAUUUCGUCAAGCAAAUGUAGACUACAGUUAUAAUAAUACAAUGCUUUCUUAUAUUCUAUACAUUAUUUCCAGUAGUUAGUCGUUUUUUUAUUUGAUUUCUGCCCAUGGUGAUGUCGAUAUUUUCGCAGUGCUGGUUAUAGUGACGCAUCAUGCGAUUUAUUGGGCCAUUUUUUGAGUAGUUUGUUCUGUGAGAAUUUUCCGAAAAUAUUUUACGAUUUCUUAAUUGACGACUGGGUGCAUAAAAAUUUAGUUGUGAUAAUAAUUGAGUAGAUUGCACGCGUUGAGAAAUAAUGUCAUUGAUAAAAUAAAGCAUUGAAAGAUCGCGGCGUUCUUUAAGUGCUUGUAUGUCUAUAAGCAUGCAGCGUGCUUCAUAUGAUGGCAAGGGAAAUGAUGUCCAAUUUAGCUUACGAAGCGCGUACAAAAGAAAUUGUUUUUGGACAGAUUCAAUGCGUUCUUCAUGUGUGGCAAUAUAGGGAUUCCAUACAAUGCUACAAUAUUCCAGAAUUGGUCGGACGUAUGUAAUAUAUAAUAGUUUGAUUGUAUAUGGGUCUUGAAAAUUGUGGCCGAAGCGUUUUAUAAAGCCCAGCAUACUAUUUGCUUUGUUGAUAAUUGUAUUAUAAUGUUCUAUGAAUGUGAGUUUGGAGUCUAAGAUUACGCCUAGGUCCCUAACGAUUUUGCAUUUUUCUACUGGUUGG